CGCCAUGACGUCACGUGCGUGUUGAAGAAAUUCAAGGUUCAGGGAACGGAAGAGGGUUUCGGCGAAGGAAAGGAGAAGUUGAGAUAAUAAUUACAAAACACAGAAGAAACAAAAAAAAAAAGAAAAGAGGCUGCCUAUAAACUACUUUCCUUCCAACCACCACAUUCCUCUUGCUGGCUUAACUACUCGUGACACCGACGUAAGAGUUUAAUAAAAAUGGCAGUGAAUGUAUAUUCAACCUCCGUGACAAGUGAUAAUUUAAGUCGACAUGAUAUGCUGGCCUGGAUCAAUGAAUCCUUACAAAUGAACCUUACAAAGAUUGAAUUGCUUUGCUCAGGUGCUGUAUAUUGCCAGUUCAUGGACAUGCUCUUUCCAGGCUGUGUGCCAUUGAAAAAAGUUAAAUUUCAAGCAAAGUUAGAACAUGAAUUUAUUCACAAUUUCAAAAUUUUGCAAGCAGGCUUCAAGAAAAUGGGUGUUGAUAAAAUUAUUCCAGUGGACAAAUUAGUUAAAGGCAAAUUUCAGGAUAAUUUUGAAUUUGUUCAGUGGUUUAAGAAAUUUUUUGAUGCUAACUAUGAUGGAAAGGACUAUGAUCCAGUUGCUGCUAGACAGGGUCAAGAAACCGCUCCUGCAUCAAACCUUGCUGCUCCUGUGCUCAACAAGCCCAAGAAAAUACCAAGUACAGGUAGUGCUGAUUAUAACCAGUCUUCAGAGUUGCAGACCAGUAAGAAACCAGCUGCAACAAUUGCUCCUCAAAGAGCCACAGCAGUAACAAAGACAGCACCUGCCCCCAGACCUGGUACAGGACCAGCUAGGAGAGCACCAGGUACAACAGGAAAUGGAGAUGAAGAAAAGGCAGAGCUUAUUCAGGAGAUAAACCUACUAAAAAUUACUAUUGAAGACAUGGAGAAAGAGCGUGAUUUCUACUUCGGCAAACUGAGAAAUAUCGAACUUAUCUGUCAGGAGAAGGAAGGUGACAAUGAUCCAACAUUGCAGAGAAUUGUUGAGAUUUUGUAUGCCACUGAUGAAGGUUUUGUGAUUCCCGAUGGAGACUCUCCGCAGGAGCAAGAGGAAUACUAAGUUUCUUUCCCAAUGUGUUAACUGCCUGUACUCCCCACCAAAUCAUGUUAUGCGUUUGGUUCUGUACAAACUUUAUAUGAAAAUGUUGUGUAAGUGGGAAAAAUCCAGUUGAGUACCUCUUUUUGUAAUGCUUGCACUUUGCAAAAUAUUUGGACCUUGAUGUGAAUAAAUAUUAGUUUGUCCACAGAGAA